AUACAUAUUUUUUGGGGGAACCCAUGCACAUGGAGGUGUCCGCCGCUGUCCGGAAACAUAAGCCCUUGCGCGUCUACGUGGAGCAUUGCGCCGCCACGGCUGACCCGGAUCCGUAUUCCGACAUAAGAUACGACUUUAUCGAGCGUAACGGAUGUCUCACGGACGCCUUCCACACAAACUCCAGCUCUCGCUUCCUGCCCAGGCUUGUGGAGCACACGCUUCAGUUUCAGCUGGAAGCCUUCCGGUUCCAUCACCAGCCCAACAGUCAGGUUUACAUCACUUGCUGGUUGAAGGCUGUUCCACACUCGGUAGCCGUUCCCUCUCAAAACAGGGCCUGCUCUUUUAUUGACAACGGAUGGUGGUCAGCAGAUGGCGAGCACACAAAAUGUGGAACCUGCAGUCCACUAUUGGCCACAAGGGAAACGACCAGAGCGACAGACAUAAGGCUGGCUGCAAAUUGGGGAGAAAAUGUUGCUCCGGACAAAGCCCAGCAAGCAACUAGUAGUCUUCUGCACACCCACCCUGAAAUGUCUCAGCAGCCCACUUCUGGUGUGAAGAUGGAGAGCGACUACAAAUUGAUGAGAGCCGUCCAACUUGGUCCUCUUACUGUUGAAUAGACAUCGGUCACAAUACCUUUGACCAACUCCUCCAGUCUGGUCAAUCCAAGAUGACCUUCACACACUGGAAACGGAAUUUCCUUCUCCAUUUCUCUUUCUUUGCUGUCUGUCUCAUGUUUGUGACCAAGCUCUCAAAUACAAUUUUUACGCUACCUCAGAAUGUUGUUGUUUUUAAGCCGCUUGCUUUUGCGUAGGCUUGGGUUUCGAAGCGCUCUGCGAAAGCAAAUGGAUUUCUUUUCGUCAAAGUAGGCAAACGUAC